AUGAAGGUCCUUAUCGUUGGCGCCGGCGUCGCAGGAAAUGCUCUAGCAGUCUGGCUCAGCCGCCUCGGGCAUUAUGUUACCGUCGUCGAGCAUUUCCCCACUUUUCGAACAUCUGGUCUUCAGAUCGACCUCCGCGGUCCGGGGAUCGAAGUGCUGAAGAGGAUGGGCCUGGAGUCGGCAUUCCGCUCGAAAAUGGCCCCCGAACAGGGCAUCCGCAUUGUCGACUCAAAGGGCAGAGUCUGGGGCAGCUUUCCGGUAAACAAGAGUGGGAAAGGCCUGCAGAGUUUUACGACGGAUUGGGAGAUUAUGAGAGGCGACCUUGUGCGCUUGUUAAGAGAGGCCUGCUUGGAAAGUGUGACAUUCAAGUUUGGUGUGACUGCGAGUGCUUUCGAGGAGUCCUCUGAGGGGAUCAACGUGAAGCUUUCGGAUGGAACCUCAUCAACCUACGACCUCGUGGUUGGGGCUGACGGCGUUCACUCUCGCGUGAGGAAGCUCAUGCUUGCGAAGCAGGAUGCUAUCGAAGAUCCGCUGCACCCGAUCGCUGGCGGCUCAGUGGUAGCUUACUUCACUUCGCCAUCAGCUCUUCAACCUGGAGAGGGCUUCAACGCAACCGGAUACCUGUCGACAGGCAAGCGUGGUAUCAUGACUCGGAGGUCGAGUCCGGAUUUCAUUCAAGUCUAUAUCGGCGGACAGCCCGACCCAAAGGUCUUCAGCGGUCUGACGCGUGGCGACACGGAAGCUGAAAAGCGUGCCAUGGCUGAGUUCAUGCACGGCGCAGGCUGGCGUACUGAAGAGCUUAUCGGAGCUAUGAUGACAUCAGAAGACUUUUACUGCGAGCGCAUAGCUCUGGUGCAGAUGAAGCGUUGGUCUGCAGGAAGAAUCGUGUUGCUAGGCGAUGCAGGCUACUGUCCUUCUGUAAAUACGGGGAUGGGCACGACUUGUGCGCUCGUUGGCGCCUAUAUCCUGGCGGGAGAGUUGGCGAUCGUUGAUGAUUGUGGUGUCGACAGGGCCUUACAAUCUUACGAGGCUACGUUCAGGCCCUAUAUGGAGGAGGUGCAAAAAGGACUGGUCGACGAGGGCGGUAUGUCAUUGCCUAACGGAAGGGCUGGUGUCCUCGGCUUCAACGUACUGGCAGGUCUGGCAGCUCUUUUCAAGAUCAACGUCGGGAAGUGGAUGAUGAGGGAGGAUAUCAAAUGGAAGUUGCCCAAGUAUGAGUCUCUUGCGCUGGCCUGA